AUGUACUAUUCCAACUUCUAUUGGUCUGCCUAUACUCCCAUCAACAGUAACGAAUCAUUCGCCAACAAUGGGUAUACAUACGAUGUCAGCCAGAUCUUGAAUGAUAGCGGCGAUGGUGUCGAUAUCGAGAAAUACAAGGCGUAUGGUCCUCCGUACUUCUCAGGCGCCAAUGUCUUCGGUCAAGGCGCCUGGUUCGCUUGGUAUCCAUUGACAUUAUUCUAUGUCUCUAUCCAGCACUACGAGGCGCUCAAGAGGUCUUUCUACGACAUGUACAAAGGUAUUCGCUACAGAAGCUCCGCAUUUGGUGAUAAUGACGAUCCUCACUCUCGUAUGAUGCGAGCAUAUCCUGAAGUGGCUGACUGGUGGUUCAUUGGCGUUCUUCUGAUCUCACUUGUCCUUGGUAUCAUUGCUCUCAAGGCAUAUCCGGUUGACACCCCUGUCUGGACUCUGUUCGCAGUCGUUGGACUCAGUGCCGUCUUUCUGAUUCCUUCUGCUUUGUUGCUAGCUAAUGCGAACGUCACCAUGGGUUUCAAUGUGCUCUUCCAGCUUCUCGCUGGAUAUUGGUUCGUCGGAAAUCCAGAAGCCCUCAUUAUUGUCACAGCUUAUGGACAAAACUUCAAUUCUCAAGCAGAGAACUAUAUAUCUGACCAGAAGAUGGGACAUUACGCCAAGAUUCCACCUCGAGCCGUGUUCCGGGGUCAAAUGCUUUCCGUCCUCGUGAAUUGCUUCAUUUUCGUGGGCAUGUUGGACUGGAUGGUGCAAAGUUUCGACAACGGCACACUCUGUGAAUGGAACAAUCCCCAACAUUUCGUCUGCACAGACGCAGUUCUCGUCUUUGCAUCAGCAAUUGAAUACGGUGCCUUCGGAGUGAAGAAUUUCUUCACAUUAUACCCGUUCUUGCCAUGGUGUUUCCUCGUCGGUGGCCUUGUUGGUAUCGGCUGGGGCGUCGUUCAGAAGUUCGGACCACACUUCAAAUCAAUGUGUCGCCGACGAUGGUCAGAACGUACCUUUGCAACAUGGGAUACGUGGAUGUUCCGGCCCAUGGAACUUUUCGCGUGGUUCGACCCCGCAGUCUUCUGGGCUGGCGCCCUCAAUUGGACUGGUGGCAACAAUCUCUCAUACGCUACCAAUGGCAUCUAUAUCUCGUUCAUCUUCAUGUACUACAUCAAACGCAACUACGGGCCGUGGUUCGAGAAGUACAAUUAUCUGCUUGAGGCAGGGUUUGAUGUUGGCGUCGCGAUCAGUGGCAUCAUUCAAACGUUCGCAUUUGAUUUUGGACCGAGCAUUACACUGAACUGGUGGGGUAAUACGGUGAGCACGGCAGGUGUGGAUUAUGUCAGCUAUAAUCAGAAUGCGUCGUUGUAUCCGAUUCCUGCUUCGGGAUACUUUGGGUUGGCGCCUGCGGAUUUUCCUAUGAAGUUCUAA